ACUAUCAGUCGACACCUACAGUCUUUAGUGGAUUAUCCAUCAGUCAACUUCACAACAAUGAAAUCUAUCGUGUUGGUGUCUGUUCUGGUCGCUGUGGCAUUCGCUGCUCCUCAAGCUCCAUCGGAGCCUAUCCCCAUUGUGAAACAGGAUAGUCAAGUCAACGGGGACGGAUCUUACCAGUAUUCGUUCGAGACUGGCAAUGGAAUUAGCGCAGAUCAAAAAGGCGAUUUAAAGAAGGUUGGCGAUGUCGAGGCUUUGGAAGUCCAAGGACAGUUCCAGUAUCCUGGAGAAAACGGCAACAUCCAGCUGACUUACACCGCUGAUGAAAAUGGAUUCCAGCCUCAGGGUGCUCAUCUUCCCACGGCUCCUCCGGUGCCCGAAGCCAUCCAACGCGCCCUCGCUUAUAUCGCUACUGCUCCUCCACCAGCACAGAGUUCCCAAUAGGUCCAAUAUUGGACUAUAAAAAUCAUUCAAAUUGAAGUCAUUUUUACUUUUUAUACAAGAUUAAAUUUAUUUGUCUUAUUUAGUAUUCUUUUAUUAUAUUAAAUUACAUCAUGUGUGAUUGCUACAGCAGAAUGCAGCAACCUGUAAAUUAUAUAUAGAUUUUUUAGACAUGCAUGAGU